AUGAAGCCCUACAUCUCCAUCCCCAUCAUCGUGGCCCUCGUCCACCGCGCCUAUUCCCGCAAGGGACUGACGCCAUUCGGCAUCGUCGUCGCAGCGUUGACAGCUAUCGCGCACUCCCUAGAUCCGUGGUCGCUGCCACUAUUUCUACUCCUCAUCUUCUAUCUCGGCGCGACUAAAGCUACGAGGGUGAAACAUGACAUCAAAGAGCAGCUCACCCUCUCCGCAACGGGCUCCGCCGGCGGCGAAGGCCCCCGAUCGCACAUCCAGGUCCUCGCAAACUCAAUCGUCGCUUCCGUCCUCGCUCUCGCACACGCAUGGGUCCUAAGGAAUAACAAGGAUGGUGCACCGGGGUGUUUUUCGAGCGGGCGCCAUGCGCCGGAUUUGCUUGUUGUAGGGAUUAUCGCUAACUACGCCGCCGUCACCGCCGAUACAUUCUCCUCCGAGCUCGGGAUCCUCUCGAAAUCCAAGCCGCGCCUCAUCAUCUCGCCUACGCUUCGCGUCGUUCCCCCGGGUACAAACGGUGGUGUCACUGGGACGGGUAUCCUGGCGGGUGCAUUUGGCGCAUUCACCAUCGCUCUCACGUCGGCGAUUCUCCUGCCAUUCUGCGGCUCGUUCGGAAGCACGGUGAAGGACCGGCUGGUUUUGAUCGUCGCGACCACGGCCUGGGGGACGCUCGGGAGCAUCGUCGAUAGCGUGCUAGGCGGACUCCUUCAAGCCAGUGUCGUUGACAAGCGGAGCGGGAAAAUCGUGGAGGGGACGAAUGGGCAAAAGGUCCUCAUCCACCCAUCCUCUACGAAGCCCGGAAGCGCAGCAGAAACCCUCCGACCCGCCGCCGGCGCAACGGGCGCUCAACUCCGAAACGCAGAGACCGCUGCCAACACCGCCGCGCUGAAGGGAACGAGGGUUACCGGGACUUCGGCCGGCACGGAGAAGGGCGAGGAGGAACAGCACGAAAGCCGGCGCGUGGAAAGCGGACACGAUAUCCUGGAUAACAACGCGGUUAACCUCCUGAUGGCGGUUAUUAUGAGCGUCAGCGCUAUGGGUGUUGCUAGUUACGCCUGGGACUUGUCGAUCUGGGAUAUGUUCGCCUGA